AUGGCUGCUGCUAAUGACCAGAUAGUUUACCGUGCCAGCUCGACUGCGCCGGUCAAUAUUGCUGUUAUCAAAUACUGGGGAAAAAGAGACGCCACUCUCAAUCUGCCUACCAAUUCCUCACUCUCGGUGACUUUGUCCCAGAGCUCUCUUCGCGCAUACACGACUGCGUCAUGCUCUGCAAAGUACCCCGCCGCAGACGGCGACACUCUUACCCUCAAUAACAAGCCGCACAGCGUCCAAGGCUCACCGAGAACUCUUGCCUGUCUUGCAGACCUACGAUCCCUCAGAAAACAAGUUGAAUCUUCCGACCCAUCCCUGCCCAAACUCUCCGCCUAUCCUCUCCGCAUUGUGUCUGAAAAUAACUUCCCCACGGCGGCUGGACUGGCUAGCUCAGCUGCUGGAUUCGCUGCUCUCGUACGUGCCGUUGCGAACCUAUACCAAUUACCUCAGUCAGCUAGUGAAUUAAGCAAAAUUGCCCGCAAGGGAUCUGGCUCUGCUUGCCGUUCGCUGAUGGGUGGAUAUGUUGCCUGGAGAGCUGGCGAAAAGGAGGACGGUAGUGACAGUAUAGCCGAGCAAGUUGCUCCUGAGAGCCAUUGGCCAGAGAUGCGCGCUCUCAUUCUGGUUGUCAGUGGUGCCCAGAAAGAGGUACCAAGCACAGAAGGAAUGCAGUUGACCGUUGCUACGUCGACCUUGUUUCCCCGCCGUGCCCAGUCAAUUGUGCCAGAACGUAUGACUGCGAUUGAGAGAUCUAUACAAGAGCGCGAUUUCGAGGCGUUUGCAGAAAUUACUAUGCGAGACAGCAACGGUUUCCAUGCCACAAACUUGGAUACCUGGCCACCAACCUUCUACUUAAACGAUACCUCCCGUGCAGCGAUCAGGGCAGUCCAUGAUAUAAAUCGUGCAGCUGGACGCUCUGUAUGCGCAUAUACCUUUGAUGCUGGUCCCAAUGCCGUUAUAUACUACCUGGAAAAAGACACUGACUGUGUCCUGGGAACCUUCAAGUCUAUCCUGACUUCCGCGAAUGAGGGUUGGGAAUCAUCAAACAUCAAGAACGUGAACUCGCUCCAACAAUCUGUCGACUCUCGGGCUGCCGAGCUGCUUUCCAAGGGUGUAGGAAGAGUGUUCUUGACUGGCGUUGGUAGCGGCCCGAUUAGCAAAAAAGAGCACCUUGUUAGCGAGUCUGGCGAGAUAUUGGCUACCGCUGCAUGA